AUGGGUACCGAGUCUGCAAGCAUGACUAUUACAGGGCACAUGUUAAUUUAUAGUGGUCGAACCUUUGCCCUCCAUAUUAGAACAAAAGAAAUUAGGAUGAGGAUACUUUGUUUCACAUUGUGCAGUCUGCAGGUCGUUCUUCUACUUCACGCCUUACCCGUAACCAACUAUUUAGUGAAUUAUGGCUACCUUGAUGAAAAACUUAAACAUGAUUUAAAAGCGUUCGAAAACGCCCUGAAGACCAAAUGGCCUACAUGCAACCUGUCGUACAUAAUUGUGAAUGGCCCAAAUUAUACCUUCAACCUGAAAAAAUCUGAUUUAGCAGCAUUGGUGAAGAAGGCGUUCAAUGUAAUAAUUACAUUGUUCUAG